GCCCUCCUACCGCGCCCGGGGCCGCAGCGCCACCGCCAAGUUUGCGCCCCGGGAGCUUGCGCGCGUCGCGGCCCCCCGGCCUGGUCGCUCCGUGCCCGCGAGGGAGGCGGCCGCGCGUGCUUGGGGCAGCCGUCCACGAGCACUCGGUCUGGAGGCCCGCGAGCGGGGUGGCGCGGGCUGGGGCCGGGGCAGCCGCCUCCCGAAGAUGCAGGAUGGCAGCAGAGCCGCCGUCCAGCCUCUCCUACCGCACCACGGGCUCCACCUGCCUGCACCCGCUCAGCGAGCUCCUGGGCAUCCCGCUGGACCAGGUGAAUUUUGUGGCAUGCCAGGUCUUUGCUCUGUUUGCUGCAUUGUGGUUUCGCAUCUACUUAAGUCCUGGUAAAACCAGUCCCAAUGUCCGGCACGCAUUUGUCACCAUUUUUGGCAUCUAUUUUGUCAUCUUUUGUUUUGGCUGGUACUCCAUACACCUUUUUGUGCUGGUGUUAAUGUGCUAUGGGAUCAUGGUCACCGCAAACGUAUCCAGUAUUCACAGAUACUCCUUUUUUGUAGCAAUGGGAUACCUUACAAUAUGCCACAUCAGCCGCAUAUACAUCUUCCACUAUGGAAUCCUCACUACGGAUUUCUCUGGGCCUCUGAUGAUUGUCACACAGAAGAUCACAACCUUGGCAUUCCAAGUUCAUGAUGGAUUAGGUCGAAGAGCUGAAGACCUCUCUGCUGAGCAACAUCGACUUGCUGUGAAAGUAAAACCCUCUUUUUUGGAAUACUUAAGCUACCUUCUCAACUUCAUGAGUGUCAUAGCUGGCCCUUGCAACAAUUUCAAGGAUUAUAUAGACUUUAUUGAGGGGAGACACAUACACACGAAGUUGCUGGAAGUGAACUGGAAGCAGAGAGGUUUCCACAGCCUACCAGAGCCUUCUCCCAUUAGAGCUGUGAUACGCAAGCUGUGUAUGACCUUGGUGUCUCUCCUCCUGUUUUUGACGCUCACGAAGUCCUUCCCUGUCACCUGCCUGGUCGAUGACUGGUUUGUUCAUAAAGCAAACUUUCUGACUCGACUCUGCUACUUAUAUAUUGUCAUGCAAGCCUCAAAGCCCAAGUAUUACUUUGCCUGGACAUUAGCUGAUGCCGUGAAUAAUGCAGCUGGCUUUGGGUUCAGCGGAGUGGAUAAGAAUGGAAAUUUCUGUUGGGAUCUGCUUUCUAACCUAAACAUCUGGAAAAUUGAGACUGCCACAAGUUUCAAAAUGUACUUAGAAAACUGGAAUAUUCAGACAGCUACUUGGCUGAAGCGAGUAUGCUACGAACGGGUUCCAUGGUACCCCACGGUGCUAACCUUUGUCUUGUCUGCCUUGUGGCAUGGUGUCUAUCCUGGAUACUAUUUUACCUUCUUAACUGGAAUCCUCAUCACAGUAGCAUCCAGAACGGUGAGGAACAACUACAGAUGUUACUUCCUUUCCUCAAAAGCCCUCAAGGUUGUGUAUGAUGUGGUCACCUGGGCAGUCACUCAGCUGGCUGUCUCUUACACUGUCGCACCCUUUGUCAUGUUGGCAGUUGAGCCAACCAUCAGCUUAUACAAGCCUCCCUGUUCGCUGAGACACAACACUGAAAUUAGGCCCAUUAACCGGACAACGGCCUCCAAGGGUUCAAGUGAAAGGAAUAAUCACACAUCUAUCACUGUAAAUCAAAAGCUAGAAAUGAUUAAGCUUAGUGAGGAAGGCAUGUUGAACGCCAAGAUAGGCUGAAAGGUAGGCCUCUUGCACCAAACAGCCAACUUGUGAAUAUAAACAAGUUUUUGAAGGAAAUGAAAAGUUCUUUUCUCAUGAACACAUGGAUGAUAAGAAAGCAAAAGUCUUAUUGCUGACAUGGAGAGUUUUAGUGGUCUGGAGAAGUCAAACCAGCCAUAACUUUCCCUUAAGCCAAAGCCUAAAUUCUGUGAAGUCACAGAGAGGUGAGGAAGCUGCAGAAGGAAAGUCUGAAGCCAGCAGAGGUUGGUUCAUGAGGUUUAAGGAAAGAAGCCUCCUCUAUAAAGUGCAAAGUGCAGCAGCAAGUGCUGAGAAGCUGCCGCAAGUUCUCCAGAAGAUUGAGCUGGGACCAUUAAUGAAGGUGUCUGCACUGAACAACAGAUUUUUCAAUGUAGAUGAAACAGCCUUCAAUUGGAACUAAGAUGCCAUCUAGGACUCUCAUAGCUACAGAGAAGUCAGUGCCUGCCUUCAAAACUUCAAAGCACAGGCUGAACCUCUUGUUAGGGGCUGAUACAGUUACUAAGUUGAAGCCAACACUCAUUCACCAUUCUGGAAAUCCUAAGGCCCUUAAGAAUGAUGCUAAAUCUACUCUGCCUGUGCUCUAUAAAUGGAACAACAAAGCCUGGAUGACAGUACAUGUUUACAACAUGAUUUCCUGAAUAUUUUAAGCUCACUGUUGAGACAGGAAAGGUGGAAAAGAAAGAAGGAAAGAAGAUUCUUUCAAAACAUUACUGUUCAAUGACAAUGUACCUGGUCACCCAAGAGCUCAGGUGGACGUGGACAAUGAGAUGAAUGUUGUCUUCAUGCCUGCUAAAACAAUAUCCAUUCUGCAGCCUAUGGAUCAAGGAGGUAAUUUAGGCUUUUAAGUCUUAUUAAGUAAUACAUUUCAUAAUGUAUAGCUGUUGUAGUUAGUGAUUCUUCUGAUGGAUCUGGGCAAAGUAAAUUGAAAACUUUUUGGAGUUCUGGAUCAAGAUGGUGACAUAGGAAGACUCUGAGCCCACCUCCUCCAUGGAUACAUCAAAUCUACAUCAAUUUAUAGAGCAAUUCUCCUGAAGAGCUAAGGGGUGACUGAACUGCUUCUGUACAGCGAAAGAUAAGACCACAUAGAGAAUAGCAAAAGAAAUGGAGACAUGAUAAUGAAGGGAAUCCCUCUUCCUCAGUGUUGCAAACUGCAGUGGGGAGGAAUGGUAUUGAGGGAUCUUAAGCAGAUUCAUUUGCAAUAGGGCAAGAAAAAAAGCUAUGGUUUAAAAGACCACCUAGGAUAUAAAGGAACUGGCCCUAGACACUGCCAAAUGACUGGGGAGCUGCUGGAACUUUCUCAGGGUUGCAUUGGCUGGUGAGUACCAUGGUUUGUAUUUUCCUUCCUUCCUUGACAGCACAGAUGGGAACAGGGUUCUGGCACGAUAGCUGGCCUGCCACCUCAGAAAGCCCUGGGCCCCUAGUCCAUACCAGCCCCGGAUGCUCUGGGCCACAGGAAAAAAGCCAUAGCUUGAAGGAUCGAUUGGAAUACAAAGGAGCUAGCCUUAGAAUAUUGCCAAAUGGCAGGGAACUGCUGAUGGAAAUCUUUAGGUCACAGAGGCUUAUGAGCACCCUGGUUAAUGUUCCUCCACCACCAUGAUAGCAUGGGUAGGAGCGGGGUUCUGGGCACCCUAGCCAGCCUACCUCUUCAGUGAGCCCCAGGCACCUAGCCCACACCAGUUCCAGCCAUCCCACUAAGGUGGCCCCAGCAUGGCACACACCAUGACACCCCUAGUCUGCACUCACUACAGCCUUAGCUUUCUUAUCAAGAUGGCACAGGCACAAAGCACCUCAGAACAAUCCAGGCCUAUCUGA